UCGUCCACUCAUUCAUCCUCAGCACCCAAUCUUCUGGGGUUCGUACUGAUAGGCGCCGCUGCGUUUGGAGCAUUUGCCUACGUCUCGCAGACACGGCACCUGGAUCCGGACAAGGAGGGCCGUGAGAAGCGCAAGCCACAUCCCAACCCGCUCAUACCUCCCAAGCAGGAGCACAAAAUAGACGAGAGAAAGGAAGGUUUCAUCAAAAUGGCGCCAACGCAAGAGGUUCGAUUCGACUCGUCACAAGUCACAGUCAUCUUUGUGCUCGGCGGGCCUGGCGCGGGCAAAGGUACGCAGUGCGAGAAUCUGGUCAAGGACUAUGACUUUGUGCACCUGAGUGCUGGUGACCUGCUCCGUGCCGAGCAGGCCCGGGAAGGCUCCGAAUACGGCCAGCUGAUCGCGGACUACAUCAAAGAAGGCAAGAUCGUUCCACAAGAGGUGACGAUCGCGCUGCUCCGGAAUGCAAUGAAAGCAGCGCUGGCAUCACCACCGUCCAACACACCCUCGGCGGCAUCUAAGUGGUCCGAUGGGAGAGGGCGCUUCCUGAUCGACGGUUUCCCGCGCAAGAUGGACCAGGCGCUCGAGUUUGACAGCAAAGUGUGCGAGUCUCGCUUUGUGCUUUUCUUGCGUUGCACGGAGGAGGUGAUGCUGGAGCGCCUGCUGGAGCGCGGCAAAACCAGCGGACGCACGGACGACAAUGCGGAGAGCAUCAAGAAGCGCUUCAGGACGUUCGAGGAGACGAGCAUGCCCGUUGUUGAGUACUAUGGCAAGGAAGGCAAGGUUGUCGAGGUUGAUUCUGUGGAGAGCAAGGAGGCAGUCUACCGCCAGAUCAAGGAGGCAAUGGACGGGACGUUCAAGAAACUCGGGCAGGAGCCGUAAACUUGUUCAUGACCUGAGCCCACACAAACAUCAUAUCUGUACAUACCUUCUUCCUGCUCAAGCGCACCCUGCCUCAGAUGGAUAUCGCUGAUCGAACUCUGGCGGACAGUAGUGACCUGAUCAUUGCGCGAUCGCACCUGGCGCACACCACUCACCGAGAAGGGCCGAAAGCACAUGGAAUCAGGAUAAACGACGGCCAGCCAGUGGCGUAAGCUUCCGCUGCAAUCUGCAGAACUCUUUUGCCAUCAGCCAGUAAAAAAACUCCACUUCUGGACUGUGUCGGUGUUCUGAGGUCGGGGAGUCGGAGCGAUGUUAUCGAAGAUGGGCCAAGUGGCACAAUAAUGAAUUGCCCCGAAAAUUGCGAGAGAAAGCUGUAGAAGAGCGAUGCUGAU